CCCACUUCCGCCGACGUAGGCGGUCCGUGUCCGCCAUGUCCCCGUCUCUGUUGUAAACACAGCUCCGUGCUGAGGCGGUCGUCUCUGCGUUCUUAUUCUUUCUUCUUCUUCCCCCACCGCCUGUCUCCUUCGUUGAUCGCGGUGGCUCCCCAACCACCCGACCCAUCAGUCCUCAGACCAACAUCACGGCUACGAAGGAUAACAGGCGACAAACGUCGACUGCCCAGGACUCGUCUCGCUCCCCCGUCAUCUCAUCUUGACGUGAGGGACACAAGUUUUUUGUUGUGCACAGUUGCCGUGGAUGAUGUCAUUUCCUCUGGACGCAGUCAUGCUGUCAGCCACCCAGAUUUACAUCAUUCUCAUGGUGCACAUCACAGCCUUCCUCAACUUCUGCCCGGCCAGCGGUUUCAUCAUCGCGACGCGGGACAACUAUUCAACGAUGUUCGAUGACCGCCUCUCCUCCUUCGGCAAUCAGCUGCCCGAGCAAGGCCUCAAGGGUUACCUGGUGCCCGUGCAGCCGGAAGAGGAAGGCUGCCACAUACUGAGCCCUCCGCCCAAGAUGCACAACGCCACCUACUUCAUCGCCCUCAUCCGCAGGGGCGGCUGCAACUUUGACAUCAAGGUGCUGCGAGCCCAGGAGGCCGGCUACAAGGCUGCCAUCGUGCACAACAUCAACUCGGAGCAGCUGGUCACCAUGUCAUCCGACGACGUGACCAUCUUCAGACAGAUAAUAAUUCCAUCGGUGUUCGUUGGCGAGACAGCGGGCCUACUCCUGAAGACCUACUACUCUUACAGCGAUAAUGCCGUCGUAUUCCUGGGAGCCAAGGACCCCUUCUCGCUGGAGUACCUCUUCAUCCCGUUCCUUGUCAUCGUCGGCCUGUGCCUCGUGAUCCUGCUCGUGUUCGGGGUGGCGCGUUGCGUGCGUGAGCGCCGGCGAGCUCGCAGGAACCGGCUGAGCAAGCGGCAGCUCAAGAAGAUCCCCAUGCACCGCUUCGAAAAAGGGGACAGCUACGACGUGUGUGCCAUCUGCCUGGAGGAGUACGAGGAAGGGGAGAAGCUCCGGGUGCUACCCUGCGCUCACGCGUUCCACUGCAAGUGCGUGGACCCGUGGCUGACGCAGCAGCGCAAGAACUGCCCCGUGUGCAAGCGCAAGGUGGUGCGCUCGCACGGCUCCGACUCCGACUCCGAGUCGGACGCCGAGUCGGGCGCGCGCGGCGCCGGCGGCGCCGGCCGCGACGACGACGACGACGACAACGACGCCUCCGAGACGACGCCGCUGCUGCGCUCGCCGGCGGGACGCCCGCCGGCGCCGUCUUUCGGCUCCACGGCCGGAGCCUCGAACGCCGCCGCUGCCGACGACGACGACGAGGACGGCGGGCGGAGGGCGGCCGCCGAUUCGUCCGACGAGGAAGCGGGGAGGGGGCUCUGCGGGCCGCGCGGCGCCGCGGACGGCACCGAGGCCCCGGAGGACGGAGGAGGGCACGGCAGGAGACGCAAGGGAGACGCGGAGCGUCCGGCGGCGUCCGCCUACCGCGACGCCGCCGCCGCCGGCGUCACGGUACAGGUCCACACGGACAGCGGGGAGGAUCGCCAGGAUCGUCCCGGAUAUGGCGGCGGGCGGGGAGGUGACCCCGCGCCGACCCUGAUCAUUUAAACCGCGGCCGCCGAGGGGACGGGCGCGGUGUUUCUCCGUUUGUUCGUUUCUCCGUUGGUGCGGGCGUUUCAACGGUGGAGAGCGAUCCGUCGGUGAACGUCGGUUUGCGUGCGCGAUCGCGCGGAUCGAAUCGCCCGUCGAAGAAUGAGAAUCGAGCGCCGUCCUUUUUGUUGUUUUGUCAGUUCCCCGUAAGGUUGCACGUUGAAAUAAAACAGUGUCGGAGGCCCUCUGGAAAAGGAGGGAUUGGAAGGAAAUUGUGGUAGUCGGGAGGGGGGGAGGGGAAGUCCACCAGUGGAAAAGUUCCAGGCCGACGACGACAACAACCGCAGCUCAUGCACACGUUGUAGGUCAUUGGCUAACGUGAGACAACCCCCCCCCUCCCCCGCACCCCCCUCCCCCGCAGCCAACUCGAUACACAAAUCCGUUCGCGCCAACGGCGUUCGCAGGAGAGGGAGACGACACUCGAAUGGACUCGACGGAUCCGUAGGGAGUCCGGCGAAGGCCAAUUGGUUUUUAGACGCCUCCCGUUGGAUUUAUUUUAUUUUUUGGCCCCCCCCCCCCCACAAUCACGGCAUACCUCCCUCGUGGUGAAGUAUGGUGAAAUAAAGCCUCGUGGUGGGGGUGGGGGGGGGAUUGACAAUCGGCCUGAACACUGCCGAUAGCCCCCUUGACCUAGGGCCGGAGGUUUUGUUGCAGGUCUCUCUCGCCCCCCCUCCGCCUUGCGUGGCGGGACCGGGCCGUGCGGCCUGCUUGGAGCUUCCCCGGCCGCUUUGUAACAUUUCGUUGUUUUCGCUUGAUCUCUCAACGUUGUGACGUCGCCAAACAAAAUAGCCGCCGGCGGGGAGGAGGAGGCGAUCGAUUAUCAGCGGCGAUUACUAAACGAAAACAAACUGUUACUGUUCUUUUGGUAAUGUUCUUGAAUAUCGAUCAAUCGAUCGAUCGAUUUUUUUUCUUAAACUGAUUAUCGUUUUAUUGUUGGAACUGGGACAGGUGACUCGGCGGUUGAUGGGGGUUUAGCACUCAGCUAUCAUCUCUCCAGGGUCAACGAAGUACCAUUUUAUUUAGAGACUUGCUCCCCCCCGCCCCCUUCCCCAUCAUAGGAAUGGGGAAUUUCCACCACUGGCUCAGUCCUGUAAAUAGAUAGUGGAUUAGCAUGCUGCGAUGCUCAUUUUAACAAGAAAUUUAUGUAAAACUAAAAAAAAGUUUAACUUUAAAUUUCCAUGUAAAGCUUUCGUGACUGCAGGGAUUCAUCUUCUUGGUUCUUUCGGUAAAGUCACGUAGAAGGAAAGUAAUAAAAUAAUGAAAAUAAACAUAAUAUUAUUUUAUUAUGUUUUAUUUUUAUGUUUUAUUUUAAAAAAGAAUAAAAAUAAAACAUAAUAUUAUUUUAUUAUGUUUUAUUUUUAUUAUUUUAUUACUUCCCUUCUACGUGACUUUACCGAAAGAACCAAGAAGAUGUUUAACUUUAGUUUCAUUCGCAACCCACGACGAGUUGUGCCUUCGAGCAGUGCGACAGCUUCCAAACAAAAACACGAGCGAGCGGGCGGGCGAGUUUGAAAAGCUUGCGUAGGUACGAUAUCGGGGGACGAGCCUAACAAUGUCCACGCUGAAACGCCGCUUGCAACGCGUUGGGGCUGUGAGAAAUAAGCGAACCGCGCGGCCCUAGUGUGCCCGGGCCCCCCUUAUUUCGUGGGUCAUCUGCCGCAACGCGAUAGAGACAAGGCGGUGGGGUGAGCGGCCGUUGCCUCGCUAGUUACGCGAGAGCCCCACGCCGUCCUCGCUCGCCCGCGCUCUUCCGCCCUGCGUUCCGUUUUCGUGCCGCUCCUCUCGACAUCGGCAGCGGUCCCCCCGUGGUCGUUUAGUCAGAACGGUGUCAGCCCCCCCCCGCAACCACCGCCCCUCCAAAUCACCCCCCGCACCCACUGCACCCACCGCCUGUUGGCUUUCAUCUUUUAAAGUGAACGGUUGUUUUAAAGUUAUUUUCAGUUGUGGAUGGCGCUCCGCUCCCCGUAUUUUGUUAUGGUAAAUCAAGGGCUACUGAAACUAGACUUUUAAGUGCAUGCUGUGCCGGGAAGAAAGUGUGACGUUUGUUUUCUCAAUACAUUUCCCCGACAAUUAUUCUUAUUUUCUGAUCUUGUAAUUGUAAGUUAGGUGCCAAUAUGUAUUUAGCAUACGAUAAGUUACUCCUGCGUAGGUGUCCGCGGUUGUGCUGCUGCUGCUGCUGCUGUGCGUAGCUCUCGGCCGCGUGUUCUGGUUGUGCCGCUCGCCCCGACGUUGUUCGCCACGAGGUCUGACGUUUCGCUCCACGUGCCCGGGACCUUCUUCUGGGACUGAAUUGAGCCUCGUACUCUCUCGCUCGCCGUGGCGAGAUGUUAUCUCCCUCGCCCGGUGUGCACGAGGUCGUGGGUUCGAUCCCGACCCCCGAUGCCUGUUUUAUAUUUGGGGUUUGCAUGUUUUCUUUCCCCAUGGGCCGCGUGGAGUUUUCACCCGUGUCCUCCGGUUUUGCUCUCUCCACGUUUAAAAUCCACGUGCAUUUCGAGUAUUUUGCCUGCUGUACAUUGCAACACGAUGAGCCACUUUGUUGAGCUAUCAUUUGUGGCCAGGUCGCUUCUGCAGAAAGAGAUACACACAGCUCAUUGGGCUAUGUAGCUGGCGCUGCUGUGUUGGUUCAGCUCUUGACGUAGGUCACUCGCUGUUGGGUUUCAUCCUCCCAGCACGUGCGGCGAAACGUCGAGACGUUGCGUCCAAACAACACGCGGUACAACCCCUGAAAUGUACAGAGAGCUGUAACACGAAGUUCUUUAUAGUGCUAUUAAUAAGGAGCAUUUUUGUAUUUGCCCGUUACCACUGUCAAUGCAGAUUUAUGUUCACGCCAACGUUAACCCUGACCGCACCACCGACCCACCCACCCACCCACGAAUUUGUUAAACACCCUGCAAGGGAGAGGCCCCGGAUCCCUGUAAUUCCAGGGUCAGUUCGGUCUUCACGAUCGGUCGAGAUGGGUUGGAGGCAGCGGUGACUUUGUGUCGAGCUCUCUGUCUCGCGUAACUCAACAUCAGCAUCUCGCACUCGCUCCCAAACUCUCAUCCGCACACAUCCCACACCCCCCGUCCUUCAUCUUCACUUGCAUUUUAUUUGCUUCAUUGGUUCGCACCGUACGUAGCCAACUGUGCUAAUCGGAGAUGCGAUUUGUGUUUCGUGCAAGAAAAAAUGCGUUGCGUUGCCGUCCCCCCCCCACGCCCCCCGCCACACUUCAUCGCAAUUUGUGGAGUUAAUGCAGAGUUUACCGUGUACAUAUAGAAUCGAAAUAAAUAAAAAUACACGAUUUAAAAAAGCGGACCCAACGACGUAAGAUGUUUCAAGUGGCUCGGCCGCUAACAAACACCGUGCACGUUUGCGGUGCUGGUUUGCGAAAUCGGACGUUCAUUUCUUUCCGAGUGUUGACGAUGGUUAUUCUCAUGGGGAUUGUCACUGGUCCUUGCCGUGUACUCGAGCCAUCGAUGCAAGCUUGCUUUUACGUACCAUUAAUCCAUGUGUGUGUGUGUAUGUUGAACUUUUGGCAACCGUACGUGGCCAACCGCACUAAUUGGAGGUGCGGUGGAAGGACAGAAAACUACGCGCAACAAAUCGGUUCUAAAGAAAUGGGUUUGCCGAUCUAGACGACGAUGAUUUAAUAGCGCACAGUUCAAGUGGCGUCCUAAUUUCGGGAAGGAAGCGCGUUCCAGACGGCCGCAGAAGCGCAUCUGAAAGCGCCGCGAUGCGGUGGCCAGCAGAGAGAGAGAAUUACCCUGGACGGCACAUCAAGGCCAUGCAUGUCACCUUCUCAACCCUCCAAAUAAACCCACUUCACAAAUUGACACUUGAACUUUUUUUCGUGCAUUUUUUUCAAUUUCGUGAAAUGCAAGUAGCGUCCAAAGCUGACGAUAACCGGUGCAAUUUAUAUUUUUUAACAAAAAUCCCGUUCCUGAAAUAGCUUUGCUUAAUAAGCGUUCUCACCCACGUUGCUUCAUUUACCGUGGACGGCUGCAAUACCGGGGAGUCGGCAGAGUUGCGUCCGGGGUCUGCAACUCCGCUUUGCCAACUGCCCUGGUUCUUCCCCUAGGAUUGUCCUUUCUGUUGUUUGUGUGUUUGAGCCGGGAAAUCUGUCGGUCGUCCCGGGGACAAUAAUGUGCAUUUCUGCUGCCGCUGCUCUAUUUAAGACCGGGAGCAAGAGCAGAGCCUCACCAUUCUGGCGAUUUGCCCGAUGAUGCUGGAUGCAAUUACCAGCGAAACGUCGUACUUAAUUUUUUUUUUAUGUUGUGGUUUCACACUUCAACACACCGGUGGGCUAAAGCAGUGCACUAUUUGUCUUUUGUCAACGUGACACUUUUUUUUGCCGAUUGGCCGUGUCGGGUGGUGGAGGGUUACGACACAUUUAUAAAUAACGCGAUCUAACCCAAAAACGUUGAUUAUGAAUAUUGGUCGCGAAAGCCUGCUACGUGUUAAACUUUCUAUACAUCGCUCGCGAAGUCCUGCCUCCCCGCCCCCCCCCCCCUCUUUUGAGAUGUUUUUUCUCUUCUCACUGCAUGUCCCCUCGGGUCGAUUUGCAUCUCCGAGGUGAACGUAUUCAUACGUUGUUGCAUGCAACGGAGAGUGUGGCACUGCGAUCGGUUGGAUGAAGUCACACGGGAGCUUCGUGAAAUUUCAACGCAAAAAUUACAGAUUGCGUGUUUCCCCCCCCCCCCCCCCCCCCCACAGACAUACACACCACACAAUGUGUGGCAGCAUGGUUAUGUUUAAUGAUAAAGUCUAUCACGUGUGUUCAUAAAGGUAACCAGCAACUCACCUUG